AUGGACGCAACACCUUCCUCCUCAAGUAUGGCCGUCGACGCGCAUCACCAGCCCUCAUCUCCCUCGGAUUCGCCUCUUUCUUCACCUCUGUCGGUGCUGUCAAAAUCACCCUCAAUACCCUCAUCGCCAGAAGUCGCUCUCGACGCGUCCAAACGAUACCCGUCACCCACCUCCUCAAUGCCCUCAGGCGCUCAAUCACCAAUCAAGCUCGAGGCGACUGACGACUGUGUGCCCGUGAUCAAGCUCGACGACGCUGCCGACUCCAUCAAUGUCAAUGCCAGCGAAGCCACUGAUGGUCAGCCUGCCCGAAAGCGGCGUAAAGUCACGCCUCCCAAAGAGCGCACCACAGAGUACCUGAACCUGGGCGAAUGUAAAGAAGACGAUGGAAAUUUGGCGCGUUUAGUUUCCGCGCUCAAGAAGCGCAAGAAGAUUGUCGUCAUUGCAGGCGCUGGAAUAUCAGUUUCGGCCGGCAUCCCCGAUUUUCGAUCCAAGACUGGACUCUUUGCGACACUACCGAAUGAGCACAAGGUCAAGGGCUCAGGCAAGCACCUUUUCGACGCCUCGGUCUACAAACAUGACUCCUCUACCGAAAAAUUCCACAAAAUGAUUUGCGACCUGGCUACAAUGGUCAAGGCCGCCAAGCCCACGCCCUUCCACCACCUGCUGGCGUCGCUGGCCGCUGAAAACCGCCUCCUUCGUCUUUAUAGCCAGAACGUUGACUGUAUCGAGACAAACAUGGAACCCUUGAAGACGAACGUGCCGCUCAACGUCAAGGGUCCUUGGCCCAAAACUAUCCAGCUGCACGGAAGCGUCGACCAUAUGGUCUGCUCAAAGUGCACCGACAUUCAGCCGCUGAAAACAGAGCUUUUCGUGGGCCACGAGGCUCCACUGUGUGAAGAGUGCAAGACUAUCGACCAACUCCGCACGCAGUUUGAGCAGAGACGAAGUCACGGUAUUGGCCGCCUACGUCCCAGGAUGGUGCUUUACAACGAAUUCAACCCGGACGAAGAAGCAAUUGGUAAAGUGUCGAGUGUUGACUUGAAGUCGCGUCCUGACGCGGUCAUUGUUGUUGGCACCAGCCUCAAAAUUCCUGGCGUGCGGAGGCUCGUGAAGGAGCUGUGUCAAGUCACGCGCAGUCGCAGAGAUGGCUUCACUGCAUGGAUUAACACGGAUUCGGAGCCACAACACAACGAUUUUAAAGACUGUUGGGACCUUGUAGUUCGUGGCAAGUGCGAUGACGUGGCUCACUGGGCUGCUUUGCCCCGUUUCGACGUGCCUCAAGGCGACCAGUCGGCCUAUCUCAGCGAGGGAGAGGAGCGGAGGCGCCAGGACAGACUAAGCAGGGACAAUCUCGAGGUGCAGCUCAUUUCGCCUACGCCUACGCCUGAUUCACCGUCCAAGUCUAUGCCAAGCACUACGUCGGAUUCAAGGAAGCGCAAGCUCAUCGACCCGGUCCAGAGCAUCCCGACACCCACCGCCAGCCCGAAGAUCAAGGCUGCCGAGGCUGCGAAGAAGGGUCUCAAGGCGAAGCAGAGCAAGCUUUCCUUUGGUGGCCAGCAGGCUGCUGCUCCAGGGAGCGACGCGGCAUUCAAGAAAGUCAAGAAGGCGCCUGCAAAGAAGCCCCGUAAAUCCAACAAGAAAGCCACGAACCCCCCCAAGAACAGCGUCACACAGACUUUCAAGACGCAGAAGAACCGCGAACUUGCCGAUAUGCCACAAGAAACCUUGGCUGGCAAAUUGGACAGCCAGCACUACCUAAAAUAUGUUGAAGACAAGCUUCAAUCCCAGCUUCCACCCUUGCGACCGGCUCAGAAGCCUAUACAAAGUUUUAUAUACAAGCGUGCGGAGAACAACGAUGACGAGGGACAAAAGGAAGAGAGUCCAUCGUCCACACGACCUUUUGAGAAGAUGUCGAGGCCGUCACUUUUGAAACGGCCAAAGUCGUCACCUAGUUCUGGAGACAGCAACGAUGUACGCCCAAUGACGCCUGUGCAUAUCCGACGCAAGUCGGCCGACACGAUAUCCCCCGAGUCGAUUCCCCGAGGCAUGGAAGCCUUGAUGGACUGA